AUGUCCUCUCGUUUCCUGCCAGUCUUUGGCGCGCUCUUCCUCACACUCACUGCAGCUCAAAAUACAGUCUCUCUUGCCAUCACCGCCCAACCCACGUCGGGCGCCUCCGGAAUCAUCAGCCCCUCGUUUGCCGGCUUCGGUAUCGAAUCCUCUAAUCUCUUCUCCUUCACUGGAGGCAGCGACGAGAAUCAGCUCACCAAGAACUUGUUGGAAAACUUGGCAAACUACACGGGCACGCCACCACAUCUGCGCAUUGGAGGCAAUACCCAGGAUUAUUUCAUCUAUGAUGCCUCCCAAGACGACUAUGCUUGGAAGCCUAACCCGGACUCCGUUGCGCCGGGAGCAUACGCAAGCGAUUCGAUGAUUAUUGGGCCAAAGUUCUUUGAGGUGAUCAAUCGCUUCCCCAGUAAUACACCGGUCACCUUUGGGUUGAACCUGGCCUACUCGGAAUCCGACUACAUUGAGCAAAUUACCACAAUGGCCACACAAGCUGUCAAUCGGUUGGUCGACGUGAAUCUUGUGUCGUUUGAGAUCGGCAAUGAGCCUGAUCUGUAUCUGGAAAAUGGUUUCCGUACGGGCUCCUGGGGCGGCCAGGUCUACACCCAAGAGUGGUUGGAUCGAGCAGAUGCUGUUUGGGAACAAGUUCUUCGACCGAACAACCUCCCCAGCAAUUUCUUUGAGCCGGGGGCCACGGCAUCAACCAUUGGAACUUCUUUCCAGGUCCAGGACUUGGACGAGUUUGGCAUCACUGUCAAGGCCAAUGGGUCGUCACAUCCGUAUAUUGCCAGCUGGAAUCAGCAUGAUUACUACUAUUACAUUGGGGUAUCAACUUAUCCACUGACAGCCUACGAUUUUAUGACCCUUUCCACGACCAAUGACCAAUUCGCUGCGUGGGUCACUCAAAUCCAGCAAGCGCAAGCCACGGGUUAUCCAUAUGCUUUGCGAGAGAUGGGCGUUGUUGGUCCGAUCGGUUUAAAUGACAUUACAGACGUCUUUGGAGCUGCGCUGUGGUCCCUCAAUUUCUUCCUCUAUGCAGCUACCCUCAAUAUCUCGUCGGUCCAGAUGCAUAUGACCGACAACAGCAACGCUAGUGCGUGGCAGCCAAUCCCGUACUAUGGUAGUCAACCAUUUGUGCGACCAAACUAUUAUGCGUUCGCUGCAUUUGCCCAAACCAUUGGACCCACGUGUCAGGCUCAAAUCGGAGGGUAUAUCAUUCAGAAUCCUCCCGCUUCGUACGGCGGCCGCAUCGCAGCCUACUCGGUCUAUCAAGCCGGUACCUUGGCCUCGAUCGUCUUGAUCAAUUCGAAUCCUGCCAAUGUCUCCGAGGCCAAUAAGCCCAGUCUUACUUGGGACUUGUCCCUGCCAGAGAAGUUUGCGGGAGAGGAGCUGUACCUAGCGUACCUCACCAACGAUGGAGCAGAUGCGAAACAUGGUACAACCUGGAACGGCAUCAGCUACGAGAACAGCGGUGACGGCUUACCUACCAGGGUAAAUGACACCACGGAAAGAAUCAAAAUUGGCAAUGAUGGGAGCGUCAGCAUCGUGGUUCGGGAUUCUCAAGCCGUUAUUGCCAAUAUUGGAUCUCCGAUCGGCCAGCAGAAGCCCAAUCCUAGCGCAUGCUCUAAACUCGCAGCGAGUACGCCGGAUGCUCGCCCUGUCACUACCCCCGUCGGUACAAGUGCGCCAGACGCGACAUCUUCAUCGGAUAGCUCCUCGUCAACCCAGUCGGAUAGUUCGACACAGUCGAACACAGCAACGAGAACAGGCAGCACUGCACGUGCAAGCACCACGAACGGAGUUGCGGGCCUUUCUACAAUGAUGCUGGCAACAAUGGCUUCGGCAUUUUUGAGUGGAGUCUAUCUUGUUUGCCUAUAA